CAUUUAUCACCACUUCUCUUCUUCCUCUCCACAGAUGUCGUAUCUCUAUUCCGCAUUCGGGCAAUUGGUUAGUGUGCAUUGCAAAGCUACCGCCGCUGCCACUGCAAUGCCAGUGAACCAGUGCAAGCGCGACUUACUAGCCUAUGGCUAUGAGAAACUGCAGACGUUCGCCGAUUCGCAGUUGGACCAGUUGGAUCCAUAUCAACGAGGCGCCAAUGAACUAAUUUGGUCUUCCAUCAUGCGCGAACACCCGAGUUCAACACUCGUUACCACCCGCAAACCCUUGCCAACACCACCAGAUUCCUCCAUCAUAAUCCUAACACAUCAGAAGACGGCCAACACAGCAGCCCCCUCAUCUUCCAACGCUGCAGCCGCCGCCGCUGCCUCCACUACAACCAACAGCCAAAAUCCACUCUUCGACAGCGAUGCUGAUCACAAGCACAAAUUUGCCUGGGACAUGGACUUCGCCUACGGUUAUCCCGUCACUCAAACAACAGUCAAUCAGAAGCCUCACGCCGAGACUUUUCUCAGCGGUCCGCUUGUCAUCCGCGUUCGCCCUGAUGGCACUCCAGUCGAGGAAGAUCAGCACAAACCUCUGCCACGCGAUGAAGAUUUGGAGGCUUAUCAAUUGAGUAGCGGUGCGGCUGGUAGGGGGGGUGCCUCUGCCUCCACAGCAGCGCCAGCCGUCAGUAGUGGCCAGCCUAAGCAUCGCAAAAUUGCUAUGAUCAGUGAUCUUAAGCAGCAGCACUUGGCUUCGAUGGCGUUGCAUCGUGAUUUGCAGCCACCUUACCAACAGCAACUGCGCAUCCGUCGGCAGCAGCAGCAGCAGCAGCAGCAGCAACAACAGCAAAACGUGGCCGUAGCUGGGCGUGCGUUCCCAUUUGGCGGUUACUACUACGCUCAGGGCCAAGCGUAAAAAUCUAUCAGUAAACGUAAACUUCAGAUAGAAUACUGAACUGAAGUGAGAAUAUUUCUAACACACAAAAAGGAUAAUUUCAAUUAAUAUUCGAUAUGUAAUACAACUGUUCGUCGACUAGUUUUCGUUUAAUGAUUAAUCGUCUAAAAAUUGCAAAAUAGCAAAA